CUGGAAAUAACAGGAUUAUGAAUACAAAGAGACAUUACAUUUCUCCAGUUUUUGUACUGUAUUUUUGUAUCAAUUUUUCAGUUAUUUUCGGGACAGCUACUGGGACAGUGAAAGAUAAAUAGCCCACAUCAUGCCUGAGUCUGUAAACAGCCGUUAACAAGAGGCCAGAGACGCUGGACACACAGAGGGGAAAAUUUUGUAGCAGGCAGAGCAGCUCACUGUUCACGAUGCUUGAAAUAUAGAAAGAAAAUAUAGAUAUUGAAUUGGGGGUGAGGGGUUAUAUGAAUGUAUCUCUGACGGGAACUGUCUUUUUAAGUUUCAAUGGCAUUUUAUUUUCUUCUUACCUGCAGUGCAGUGCUGCUUUGUUUACAGCGGUAACCAAGGAAACGCUGUAUCACUGCUCUUCCAUAAGCGCCACCUGCUGUCAGAGAGUGAAUUUGCGUCUCAUUCAGCCUGUCUGCUGUUUUUAUUUCAUGCUUUUUGUGUGUGUAGCAUAUAAUUUCACAAAGAUAAAGUCAGACCAUUCUGCUUUUGCUUUAAAUCUUGAAAUUAAAUCCAAAAACAACUGCUCAUGCAACAUGUGUAGCAUCUUUGUUUGUGAUUAAAAUGCAGUGGCUAACUCUAAUUUGUAAUGGCUAGAUAUUUUUGUUUAUAAUAAUAAUAAUAAUAAUGAAAAUAUCUGCAACCAGUAUCGGAAUCAGCCAAUUUGCUGUUAUUUUAAUGAAAGUUGACUAGAUUGACUGAGAUUGACUUUUUUCUAAAUGUAACUUUAUUAAGCAACAUGUAAACAAAAAGGACACUGCUGUAUGAAAUUAAAAUGUACCAUCACAUAAUGAAAAAAAACAAAACAAUUAAUCCUGGGUAUUCAUAAGCUGAUGAUUCACACUGGGCGUUUUUGCUCCCUUGAAGGCCGCUUUGGGAAGGGUUCCCCAUUUGUAGGGGCGUUCCAAAUGAAAGUGAACCGCUAAAUCCCUUCAUGAAGGGCCCUUCCAUAAGUCCGUUAGUGAAGGGAACAUGCGAUGGCCACUUCAAGGUAGUAAUUUAUUCGUUUAUGGUCAUGUGACACAGGGUGACAAGUUCUUGCGAUUCAUUUUAAAUCUAAGAUAUGGCGGGACAGUUGGAGUUAACGUAUAAACAUGCAUUUCAUGUUAAGUUUAAAAAAAGUUUCAUAGGUAAUAAAUGUGUGUAAUGCUUAACUUGAUACAAAUAAAUGUACAUUUCUGAAGUUUUUAAAGUAUGAAAUUCAAAUCAUAUUAUAUAGUGCUGACUAUCAAGUUUAUCAUGGACUGACUUUUCGGACUAUAAUGGUAAGAAUGAAAUGGUCUCUUUUUCACCCCUAAUGUCACAUUUUCGGUCACCAUUAGACAUUUUUCUCCUCAAACGCUGAAACUACUGUUUAUACAACGCACUGUGUUUCCAUGACUGUCCAAAGCAAAUGAAUAUGAGGCUGUCAGCUGCUAUGCAUCUAGUCAUUAACAUUCAAACACUGCAUUGAUUCACACUGUAAAAGUUUAGGACUGCAAUGCGGGGUUAAUAAUGCAAAGUAGUGCUUAUUCAUUUGUGGGAAAGAUGUAUUCAAGAAUAAAUGUUAAUGUCCCUCUAGGGAAUCUUGAAAUAAAGGGGUUAAUCAAAAAUAUAAUUCAGAAGAGAUGGCAAGAGUUGUGCACACAGGAAGGAGAAGGAAGACAUUUAUAUGAAAUAAAGAUGGAGGAAAUGUGAGAGAAGUUUGUGGCAAAAGAAGGGAUGACACGAUAAUUUCACAACUUCAUACCAGACACACAGUUUUGAAUCAAAUCACUUUUUAAAAUUGGUAAAAAAAAAAAAAAAAUACAGGAUUAUGCUGCAAAUAUGGAUCACCAGAAACAAUCGAGCAUGUUCUUCUAAAAUGUGUUGGUUAUAAUAAAGACAGAUCUCAGCUCCUAGAAGAAGUUAAGACUGUAUCUGUUGGAAUAAAAGGGCUAACAUUAAAGAACUUACUGAACAAUAAUUCAAAAGUGACCACAGCUUUAUUAGAAUACCUAAAGAAAGCAUGUUUGAUUAGAAGAAUUUAGAAGUUGUCCAUUCCUUCUACAUCAAUGCUUCACAUUCCAUCCCAGUAGGUGGUGGAAAUACACCAAAGCUGGUUUGACAACCACCAUUAAAUUCAAAAGAAGAAGAAAAGACGCCGGACCCAUAAAGAAUUGUAUAUCACGUGUGUCCAUAUAAAAGAGAAAAUGUCAGUCUUUCAGAAAGAGAGCAGCAUCUCCAGAACCCAGCAGUGAGUCUCUGAAGAGUGACAGAUCCAUGAAUAAUCCCAUGGAUUCAGUGACCUCUGACCCCAGUAUCUCCAGCAGGGGGAGUCAGAGAUCUUCAUCUCCAGAACCCAGCUAUGUGUCUCUGAAGAGCAAUCAAUCCAUGGAUCCUCCUGUUAAAUUUAGUGAUGGAGCAGUGACCUCUGACCCCAGCAGGGGGAGUCAGAGAUCUUCAUCUGCAGAACCCAGCUGUGUGUCUCUGAAGAGCAGUCAAUCCAUGGAUCCUCCUGUUAAAUUUAGUGAUGGAACAGUGACCUCUGACCCCAGCAGGGGGAGUCAGAGAUCUUCAUCUGCAGAACCCAGCUGUGUGUCUCCGAAGAGCAAUCAAUCCAUUAAUCCUUCUCCGAAUUUCAGUGAUGAAGCAGUGACCUCUGACCCCAGAGAUGAACAAUUUGGAGACCAGGAUUCUCCUCAAUCAGUAAAUGAUGAACAACAGCGAGUCAAAGACAGACACAAAACCAGCAUGAAGAACAAGUAUGAGAAAUUAUUUGAGGGAAUGAAACUCCAAGAGAAUGAAACCCUCCUGAACAGGAUCUACACACAGCUCUACAUCAUAGAGGGAGAGAGUGACGGAGUGAAUGAAGAACAUGAGGUUUUACAGAUGGAGAAAACAGCCAGAACACAACACUCACAAGACACUCCAAUCUACUGCAAUGACAUCUUUAAAGCCUCACCUGAACCAGGAUAUGAGGAGAAAGACCAAAUCAAGACUGUACUUACUAAAGGCAUCGCUGGAAUCGGAAAAACCGUCUCUGUGCAGAAGUUCAUUCUGGACUGGGCCGAGGGAAAAGCCAAUCAGGAUGUAGAUUUCAUGUUUGUGCUUCCAUUUCGAGAGUUGAACUUGAUCCAAGAUAAUCCGUACAGUCUUCACAGGCUUCUGCUGGACUUUCAUCCUGAACUUCAAGAUCUGGACUUCAAGAUAUAUGAAAAGUGCAAAGUUGUGUUCAUCUUUGAUGGUCUGGAUGAAAGCAGAAUCACACUGAAAUUUUCAGAUGCUCAGAAAGUUUCUGAUGUGACUGAGAAUUCAUCAGUGAGUGUGUUGAUGUCAAAGCUCAUGAAAGGAGAGCUGCUUCCCUCUGCUCUCAUCUGGAUCACCUCCAGACCAGCAGCAGCCAAUCAGAUCCCCUCCAAAUACAUCAACCGUGUGACAGAAAUUCAGGGAUUCAAUGAGCCUCAGAAGGAACAAUACUUCAGGAAGAGAAUCAGUGAUGAGCAUCAAGCCAGCAGAAUCAUCUUACACAUCAGAAGAGCAAGAAGCCUCCACAUCAUGUGCCACAUACCCGUCUUCUGCUGGAUCUCAUCCACUGUGCUUCAAAAACUUCUGAAAGAAGAUCUGAGUGCAGAAAUCCCUCAAACUCUGACUGAAAUGUAUAUCCACUUCCUGCUGAUUCAGAUAAACAUGAGGAAUCAGAAGUAUGAAGAAAGAGAUCCAGAGAAACUCCUGCAGUCCAACAGAGAAGUGAUUGUGAAACUUGCUGAAGUGGCUUUCAAACAGCUGAUGAAGGGCAAUGUGAUGUUCUAUGAGGAGGACCUGAGAGAAAGCAGCAUAGAUGUCACUGACGCCUCAGUGUAUUCUGGGAUUUGCACUGAGAUCUUUAAGGAGGAAUCUGUGAUUCAUCAGAGGAAAGUCUACAGCUUCAUUCAUCUGAGCAUCCAGGAGUUUCUCGCUGCUUUCUAUGUGUUUUACUCACAUGUCAUCAACAAUGAGUUACUGCAGUUUCUUAAAGUCUCUCUGUGUGUGCUGCUAAAAACAGCAGUAAAUAAAUCUCUCAAGAGUAAAAAUGGACACUUAGAUUUGUUCCUGCGGUUCCUGCUGGGUGUCUCACUGGAGUCCAGUCAGAGACUCUUACAGGAUCUACUGACACACACAGUGAACAGCUCAGAAAGCAUCAGGAAAACCACACAGUACAUUAAAGGGAAGAUCAAGGAACAUGAUCAUGUCUCAACUGAAAGGUCCAUCAAUUUGUUCCUCUGCCUGCUGGAAGUCAAAGAUCAGACUCUGUCCAGAGAGAUUCAGGAGUUUGUGAAAUCAGACUAUCUCUCAAUGAAGAAACUCUCUCCUGCUCACUGCUCAACAAUCGCCUACAUACUUCAGAUGUCAGAGGUGGUGUUGGAUGAGCUGAAGCUCAUGAAAUACAAGACAACAGAUGAGGGUAGAAGAAGACUGAUACCAGCUGUGAUCAACUGCAGAAAAGCCCAUUUUGGUGGCUCUAAUCUGACUAGUCAGCAUUAUCAAACACUGUUAUCAGUUCUACAGUCUGCAAACUGCUUCCUCAGAGAUCUGCACCUGAGCUUCAAUGACCUGCAAGAUUCAGGACUGAAGUUGCUCUCUGAUGGACUGAAGAGCUGCCAGCUGGAGAAACUGAGAUUGCAGUUCUGUCGUCUCACUGGUCAGUGUUGUGAGAGUUUGUCAUCAGCUCUUCAUUCUUCAAACUGUGUCUUGAAAGAACUGGAUCUGAGUGACAAUGACCUGCAUGAUUCAGGGGUGAAGCUGCUCUCGGAUGGAUUGAAGAGUCCAAACUGUCAGCUUCAGAUACUGAGUCUUUCUGAUUGUAAACUCACUGCUAAGUGUUGUGAGAGUUUGUCAUCAGCUCUACAUUCCUCAAACUGUGUCCUGAGAGAGCUGGACCUGAGUGACAAUGACCUGCAGGAUUCAGGAGUGAGGCUGCUCUCUGAUGGACUGAAGAGUCUAAACUGUCAGCUGCAGAUACUGAGGUUGUCAGGCUGUAUGGUGACAGAGGAAGGCUGUGGUUAUGUGUCUUCAGCCCUGAGUUCAAACCCAUCACACCUGAGAGAGCUGGAUCUGAGCUACAAUAAACCAGGACAAUCAGGAGUCAAGCAGCUCUCUGACAAACUUGAUGAUCCAGACUGCUCACUCAAGAUACUCAAUGUGGAUCAUGAAGGAGAGGUCAGGUGUUCACUAAAGUUACCAAAAGAUGCCUGUGAUCUCUUACUGGGUCCAAACAUGAAUGAAUUAGUUGCAUUAUAUAUAAGAUCAGAUGAAAGAAAACGUGUUCUAGAGACGAAGCCAUAUCCUGAUCAUCCAGGCAGAUUUUAAGGGUGUCUUUAGAAUCUGUGUUGAGAGUCUGACUGGAUGCUGUUACUGUGAGACUUUACAGAGUAGCAGGCUUGCUAUUAUAUUAUUUUUAUUAAUAUAAUCUUUAUUUUUACCAGGGAAGAAGCACACUGAGAUUAAAAAUCUCUUUUGCAAGAGUGUUCUGGUCAUGAUUGACAGCAACACAGUUCACAUGGGUUUAACUUGUUAACCUUCACGAGGACGCCGACGCACUUAAGCUUUUGUUUAAAUUAGCUCAAAUUUACAGUUUGACGUAAUGUAAUUACCUUGACAAACUAUACAUCAUUAAAAAGAUCUAAGUCUCAAGCUUCA